CUGAGCGGCCGACGGCGGCUCAGAGAGUGAAGCAGGGGGGAGCACACCUGCUGAGAGGCAACAGUUGGAAGGAUAACCUCGACGGGCCAAGCGGGAUUCUGCGUUCUGUUAGGACAUUAAAGGUGAACGACUAGUAUCUUGCCUGAAAAUGGAGCUUUCCAAUAUCCAGACGUCUGUUGCACUCAUUUAUGAUAGGUUCAUGCAAAAUGCAGACUCGCGGACAGAAAACUGGCUGCUCAUGUCAUCUCCUCUCCCCCAAACGAUCAUCAUUGUAGCCUACAUCUUCUUCGUCACGUCGCUGGGGCCUCGGAUGAUGGAAAACCGAAAAGGCUUUGACCUGAAAGGAGUCCUUAUUGUCUACAACUUCAGCGUGGUGGCGCUCUCGCUCUACAUGUGCUAUGAGUUUGUGAUGUCAGGAUGGGGAACUGGCUAUUCAUUUCGCUGCGACCUUGUCGACUACUCCAACUCGCCGCAGGCUGUGAGAAUGGCAGAAACAUGCUGGCUUUAUUACUUCUCAAAGUUUAUCGAGAUGCUCGACACGAUCUUCUUUGUGUUGAGGAAGAAGAAUAGCCAGGUGACAUUUCUUCAUGUCUACCAUCACUCCAUUAUGCCCUUCACUUGGUGGUUUGGGGUUCGUUUUGCCCCAGGUGGAUUGGGAACGUUCCACGCUCUUCUUAACUGCAUCGUCCAUGUUAUCAUGUAUACAUACUACGGGCUGACUGCCAUGGGCCCCAACUACCAGAAGUACCUGUGGUGGAAGAAGUACCUCACUACCAUUCAGCUGAUCCAGUUUGUCAUGGUUACCACCCACAUCUCCCAGUACUUCUUCAUGAAGGACUGCCCAUACCAGUUCCCCAUCUUUAUCUACAUCAUCGGCUCGUACGGCCUGAUUUUCCUGUUCCUUUUCCUCAACUUCUGGUACCACGCCUACACCAAGGGCAAGAGGCUGCCAAAGGUUCUGCAGAAUCAGACAUGGGCGCACCACACCAAUGGAGUCAUGAAUGGAAACGUAGACCAUGACAAAUAUCAGUGAUGCGUGGUUCGGAUGGUUUCAGGGUUGACCUCAUUCACUCAGCCAAACCACUGGUGCUGUGAGCUUGAACCCAAACUUUUUUUGUACUAUUUAUUUUGGCUGCGUUUCUGUAUCUGCUGUUAAAGACAAUCUUUAAAUUAUCGCCAAAGCUUACAUUUACAGAGGUGUUUUUUUUUUUUUGAAAAGCUAAAAGCUUUUAUUCCACUUGUUUAUACUGAAGGUGAAAUUUGCUACAGAGACUUUAAAUAAUUGCCUUCCCACUUUUUUUUUCUUUUUUUCUGAAAGUCUCAAACUGAAACAUGCUAUAGAGAUGCCUAAAGUAAAACUACAGGACCCUCAGCUGUACAGUCCACCCAGAGUUUAUUCAAACUUUAUACUCCUGAAAUAUUUUAAUUUUUUUCCCUUUCCUCAAUUUCUUCAGAUUUAAAUUGCAGUUUUUAGAAAUGUGCACUGAGAUGUUGGGGUUUGUUUCAUCCACUGGAUCUGACUAUGUCAGCAUACCACACUUUGUUUCCUCUUCAUAAUGCACAUGUGGUCACUUCUCCAUAGCAGCUGCCGAUGGUACAGACAUGCAGUGAAAAGUCCAGUCUCACUACAGUGGCAUCAGUUUUCAUUCCUGUCAGUUAUCCUAUGAAGCAAUGUUGUCAAUCUCCAGUGUAAACCUGAUGGACUGCCGUGGUUCUUGUAGGAUCCAGAACAGACCUUUAAAACUACAGCUGAAGUCUUUACUGAGGCAAAUUGCACAAUAAAGCAGUUGCACAACUACUGAUUUUUAGGUGUCUCCAUGAGAAAGCAGGAACGGCCGUGCUUUGUUUUAAAGCGGUGCGCUAAUGACGUUUUCAGACACCUGGAGUUGGUUCCUUUGGCUAGGUUAGUUUUAUAUGUACUGAUCUUAAAGUUUUGAACCUGAAUGUUACUUUGGUCCUUUGGUGACUGAGGACUUAGGCUUGAGCUUUGUGUGGAAGGAGUUCCACCUUUUAAUGAAGCACUAACCCAUCCCAAAAGGUUUACAGAUGACUAAA